UGACAUCCUCCAGCUUGAAGCGAUCCAAAGUCCUGUGUCCCCGGCCAUACAGCAAGAGGUCGCAGUCAAGAACCGCAAUAGAUUGCCAUAUGCAAUGGACACUGAUCUCAGUUCCCAGGACAGGAAGGACCUGGACAAGUUCAUCAAAUUUUUUGCUUUAAAGACAGUACAAGUGAUUGUCCAGGCCCGGCUCGGAGAGAAAAUCUGUACCCGAUCAUCAUCCUCCCCAACAGGCUCUGACUGGUUCAAUUUGGCAAUCAAAGACAUACCAGAGGUUACUCAUGAAGCAAAGAAGGCCCUGGCAGGGCAGCUGCCUGCCGUUGGACGGUCUAUGUGCGUGGAGAUUUCUCUCAAAACCUCAGAGGGGGACUCCAUGGAGCUGGAAAUCUGGUGCCUGGAAAUGAAUGAAAAGUGUGACAAAGAAAUAAAAGUUUCAUACACUGUAUACAACAGGCUGUCUCUACUGCUGAAGUCUUUGCUUGCUAUAACCAGGGUCACUCCAGCCUACAGACUCUCAAGGAAACAAGGCCAUGAAUAUGUAAUAUUGUACAGGAUAUAUUUUGGUGAAGUGCAGCUGAGUGGCUUGGGAGAAGGGUUCCAGACAGUCCGUGUUGGGACAGUGGGCACUCCUGUGGGCACCAUCACUUUGUCUUGUGCCUACAGAAUCAACCUUGCUUUCAUGUCAACCAGGCAGUUUGAGAGGACCCCUCCUAUCAUGGGGAUUAUCAUUGAUCACUUUGUGGACCGCCCCUAUCCCAGUUCUUCACCCAUGCAUCCCUGCAAUUACAGAGCUGGUGAGGACAGCGGUGCAGUAUACCCCUCAGUAGAAGAUUCCCAAGAAGUGUGUACCACAUCUUUUUCCACCUCUCCUCCAUCUCAGUGUGUUUUUACUGUCACAAAGGCACAUUUUCAGACCCCUCCUCCUGUGGUGACGGACACCUUGAAGGUCCCAGUGAUGGGACUGGCCUUUUCACAUCAACUUUCCAGCUCUCGUCUUUCUUAUCAGCCUGCUGCCCUGGGAGUUGGAUCAGCUGACAUGGGGUAUCCUGUACUCUUUGCUGGUGGCUUGAAUGCUGCACACCCUCACCAGUUGAUUGGUCCAGGCAAAGAAGGGGGAGUUCCCCUGAUUCCUAGCCAGCCAGCACAUGGCACUCAGGCUGACCAAGAGAGGAUGUGCACCCCACUGGAUGGAGUCCACUACUCAGCAGCUACUCCUUCUAGUAGCGAGGACACGGAGACCGUCUCCAACAGCAGCGAGGGGAAGUGUGGCUCCCCGCACGACCUCCUGGAGACCAUCUUUGUCCGGAAGGUGGGAGCUUUUGUCAACAAACCCAUCAACCAGGUGACCAUGGCCAACUUAGACAUUCCUUUUGCCAUGUUUGCUCCCAAGAAUGUUGAGCUGGAAGACAACGACCCCAUGGUUAAUCCUCCUGACUCCCCAGAAACUGAAUCUCCUCUGCAAGGCAGCUUACACUCAGAGGGCUCCAGUGGCAGCAGCACAGGGAACACCCAUGAUGACUUUGUUAUGAUUGACUUUAAACCAGCCUUUUCAAAAGAUGACAUUCUUCCAAUGGACCUGGGGACAUUCUACCGUGAGUUUCAGAACCCUCCUCAGCUCAGCAGCCUCUCUAUUGACAUUGGAGCACAGUCCAUGGCAGAGGACUUGGACUCCCUACCAGAGAAGCUGGCAGUCCAUGAGAAGAACGUCAAAGAGUUUGAUGCCUUUGUAGAAACCUUGCAGUGAGGCCAUCUCCAGGCUUGCUGCUCCAGCUCUUCCUUCUCAAGGCAUCGUGGAGAACGA